UUUCUUCAAAUUUGGACUUAAAUGCAAUGGCCGUGAAAGCAGUACCACAGGAGAUGGGUCACAGCCUUCGAAUUCCCUUGAUGACGUUCAGAAUACAUUUUUGGAAUCUCAGGCUGAGUCACUUGUUCGCCUUUUCUUCUUUAGAGGUUUUUAUUCUAUUUUGGGUUAUUAUAGAUUUUUAUUUGUCAGGUUCUCCAGAAAGUAUUUCUCGAAUUCCAAAGGAAGACUUUGAGCAUUGCAGCCUCGAACUUGACUUUGUAAAGAUUCAGGAUGACACUUCAAUUUUUAGUAAAGAAUUUUUAGUUUUUUUUUAAAUUUUUUUCUAGAACAUAUUACUCGCAUCCUGAAUUUGAAUGCUACAACUCUACUGCUUGACAUUUCAUCGGAAUUUCAUAAUUGCGUUUCUUCAUUUAAUCGUCAAAAGUUGUUUAAAUUAAUACAUAU